AUGGAUGCGUUCGACUUGCUUGCGCUGUUAAAGCGGCGGCAGAGCCACGGUCUGUGCCCGCCGGAGCUCGGCGUUGCUCCGAUUCAGCCCCAAGCGGCCAGGCGUGUGUCUCCGCCGAGUCAAAACGGAGGCGAAGAACAGAAGCCGCUUGCUGGGAGUUCCGCUUGCAAAAGAGUGAGUUCGGCCGCGGACUCCUUCGCGCCUCGCGCGUUUGUCAAUUCCCAGGUUCCCCUCGAGCAACGGGUGUCGUCGUGCCCGACAGCGUGGCCAGCGAACGGCGCUGCUGCGGCGACUUCAGCGACUUCGGCGACUUCGGUUCCCGACUUACCAACCCUGCUCGCCUCAUUAAAUCAACUGUUGAGAGGGCCAGAUGAAGAGAAGAAGGCAAACAGUCUGAACGUGCUCUCGUCGCUUCGACUUCUCCAGCCUGAGGCAUCUCCUCUCCAGCUCCCCCGCGCCGCGGCUGCGGGCUCCGCGGCCAGUGGCAAGUCGCUGCCUGCCGUGGACCCAUCAGCCUCCUUGGCGUCUGCGCCGCCUCGCCUGCACACACACGGGAGUGCGCGAGACGCCACCGCCUCUGUUGUUCAAAACGAGAAGAAAUCCGAGCCGACUUGGGCACGUGCAACUGGACAGAACACAGGGUCGAACCAAAACCCACAAGCGAACGUAAACGCGCAGGCGAACCUAAGCGCGCUAGCGACAGCGGGGCGAGAUCCUUUGCAGGCUCACCUCCUUCAGCAGCGGCAGCAUUUGUUCCAGCUGGUUCUCCAGGAACGCCUGCGACAAGCGGGCGUGUCGGCAGCUUCACCGCCUGUCUCGGGGCCCUCGCAGCUUCUGACCCAGCCAGGGACGGGGCGGACUGAUCCUGGAACCUCUCUCGCGGCUCAGACGUUUCCCUCCGCCGUUCCCUACGCGGUGCCGGUGAGCACACCCUCGCCUCCGGGGCAGUUCGACGGAGAAGGUCACGGACGGCUUUCCGCACCCGGGCUGGCAGGGCGCGAAAAAGAACCGGCGACGGCGCGGAAGGCAGUGGAACGUUCAGCCCGUCAGUGGCAGUUGUCGCAUUUGCAGCAUCGGCUUCUUCUGGCCUGCCAGGCGCAGCAGAAACGCGACUGCACUCUCGCGCAUGCCGCACAUCUCGCCCAGUUGUCUCCUCAGAAGAACGGCAUUCCGUACUCCGCGGCGACCGCUGCAACGUCCAGCACUCUUUCGCCCGUAUCUCCGCUCUUCUCGCUUCCGGGGACGACGGACACGCGCUCCAGUGAGUCUCCGGUCGUCCCGCCUGGUCAACCUCAACGGGCCGGCGGGGCCGAAACCGCUAGAGGACGGUCGACGGGGCCCGCAGGCGCGAGAGGUCUCAAGGCGAUCCCCUGUAGGCCUGUCGGGACUCCAGUCUCCGGAGACCUCGCCCCCCCCCACGCCGUCAAAGCGGUGAGGAAAAAGGGGUUUCUCGUGUCAGUCCCGAAGCCGAAACGCCAGCGGCAGUCUCUGCCGGGGGGAGCGGCUGCGCCGGCGCUGCUGCCGGAGAAAGAAAAUGCGGAGACAGCGGCGGCUACCGCGGCUGCUGUUGCAGCGGCCGUCGCGGACGCGGUCGUGGUGUCUCCGACUGGCGAAGGAGCACAAGAGGACUUCGCCGGCUGGGUGAGGCGCUCGAUGCGUCCUUCCCGGCCCACACUCCGCGUCCGGUGCCCAGACUGUGGAGGCCGGGCGAGUCAGUGCCAGUGUGGUGGCCGAGCUGGGUCCUGGGGGCUGAUUGCGCGGAAGGCCCAGUUCCGACGGCUUGCCUCGAGUCCAGAGACGGCGCUGGAGGGGCGGCUGAAGGCGGAGGAAAGACCCGCCGAAGACGGCGAAGGUUUCCCGAGCGUCGCCACACAGAACAAACACAAGAAGCGCCGCACCGGCGGGGUGAUCCAGCCGGUCGCGAAAGCUACUGGCAAGCUUCCAGGCGUCAGUCGACUCGAAGCCGGGGAGGCGACAGGUGCUGCGAAGGCCGAACACGAGGAGCGGUUCGAACCGUCUCCGCAUCGCGGCGGGGCCACCCCAGCCGCUUGGUCAGCGGUUGGCCUUCCCUCGGCUGCCUUCGCUGCCUUGGCUGCAGCGGAGAAGGGAAGCGAGGCAGGCGAGGCCUGCGUCGCGGGUGUCUCUUUGGGGACAGGCGAGCAUGCAGCUGGGGCGUUCGAAGGAAAAACCUCGGAAACGCGUGCAGCCGCUCUGGAAGGCUCCGAGAAGGCUCCGAAGAAGCCGGACGCACUGGGAAAGAAAAAGGCGGCUGCCGGCACCCAACCCAAGCUCGGGUCGACGAACGAGGCCCUCAGCAAGCGAAAUCGUGCGACCGACAGAUUACCUGAAACCGAUGAGAAGACGUGCUUGACAGGGCGUGGACUGCCCGAGAAUCGAGGAACGCAUGUGGGAAACGUCACGAUGGGGCCCGCAUCGCGUUCGCUUCACGACGCUCGCCACAUGGGGACGAAGCGACUGCCGACGGCGCAGCAAACGCCGCGGCCAGUCGACGCGGGAGCCGAGCGCUGCUUGAGACUUGUGUCUCCCUUUUUCGCUGACCUUCGGGGCAUCUCGGGCUUCCGAAGCCUCCAGGUUCACGUGCCGCGCGCUGAGUCUUCUGGGAAGCAGGCGAGCAGGACGGAGCGGCUUUUGGGGCAGUCCUGCAUGCCCCGUGCGGUGGCGGGGAGGCCGGACACGGCUGGGGUUUCGGCGCUGGUGUGGGGGCCGUGGAAGCCUCGCGGGGUUCUGGAAGAAGCUGAAAAGCGCGACAUUCACCUGAACACCCUCACAGAAGAGUACCACAAAGCCGUGCGGCUCAUCAGUCAGCAGGGCGCGUACGUUCUCACAGCCGUCGGGCCGCCGGCGGUCGUCGCUGCUGCCGCUGUGGCGCAUGCAGUGAAGGCCACAGACGACUCUGAGGACGAGAGUCGCGUCCCCAAGAGGAGGCGCCUCCGCACAAACACGCGGUUCGCUCUUCAUUCGCGAGAUUUUCCAGUCAUUUGCAUGCCCACUUCCGCGCCCUGUGCAUCUUGCCCGAGCAUCGACAGGAAGCUCGAAAUUGCAGAGGAGGGGGAGCCAACCGUGAAGGAGACGAAGGUGAAGACGGAGGACGGAUGCGAGGUGACCAGGAAACACGCCGAAUGUCGAGAGCGAGCAGGGGGAACUGGAGAGCCUGCCGAGACAGCAGGGCGCUUGACAGGCGGGGGGCCACUCGAGGCACAGCCGGCCGUGGCGGAGGUUCAUGAAAGCAUAUCAGGGAAGAAGAAAGAGCGCGACGAGGAAUCCGAGACGGGGACAGAAGCGAUCAAAGCGAACAGGGAAGGAGACCUAGGGCCAGACUCCGAGGACGUCCUCACGGCGCCGUCUCGGGAAAGCGAGACAGAAGAGGAGAGCAUCCGAGACACCGACGCGGGUGUUGAGGAAGAGGGGAAGGCCGACGCCGACCCACAGCCUGCAGCUUUGGAGCACGACAGGCGACGUACAAUUUACCCGCGUAUGGCCCGCGAUGCCUUCUGCUUCCUCGCGGCCGAGCGCCAAACAGAGAGUGCCCAAGAUCUGCUGGCGUCUCCCCCUGAAGAUGAAGAACUGGAGAUUCCGUGCGGCUUUGCUUUUUGCCGACUUCCGACGGCAGCGGAGCUUGAUGACUUCCCUGAGUUCUCUGGCGCGGCGCCGCUCUCUCCGCCUCCCUUCGAGGGCCCGGCCACUGCGCUGCUGGCGCUGUCGUGGUGCAUGCAAGCCUCUGGAAACCGCGACAUGUUGAAGGCCGUUCUCGUGGCUGCAGGGUGCAGCCUCUUUGCCUGCUCCUCUUUCUCCGGUUUCUUCUUCUUCCGGCCGUCCCAGCCUCGCCCGAGCGUCAGGCGACACGCCCGGGACCCCGCGAUGGCCUCACUCCGCGCUGUCCCUCUGUCGGAGACAGCCGCAGGGCGCGACGCCGAUGCAUGCGCUGAAGGACGCGAGACGGCCCACGACGCAGUCCCCUUCGUAGAAACGCCACUGCAUGCGUGUGGAAUGCUGUGGAGCCUGUUGAAAGAGUGUGGCGGCGUGCUCUCGGGCGACGUCGUCGCCUCCCUUCACGCAGACGUACUCCGCCACUUCAGCCUUCUGAUGGAUCGCGUGCUCGCCGUCCACCAACACUGGCCUUCAGUGCCGCCUGCGUCUUCCCUCUUCAAAUACAACGGCGUUGCCUGCCGAAACUCUCCUCUACGCGUCGAUGUGAAUCUCUCAGAGGCUCACUGGGAGUGGGGCGACGGGGAGCUUCGACGGUCCCAUUUGCGGCUCCAGCAGCGGGUUCUUCUUCUCACGCGCUCGGCUGGUGCAGCGAUCGGGCGGCGCUUUGGCAGCUGGCGACGACCGUCCUCGCGCACGUCGUGCUCGUCUCCUUGUGCGGCUUCUGAGGGAGAGACCGACGCGAGAGACGAACGUGCAAGCAGCCACGCCGAGAACGGAAGAAAGGAAAGGCGCGACGAAGGCCUUGCCGGAGGCAAGCAAGACCGGCAUCGCCAGGACGAGGAGAGAGACAGUGGAAGAGAAGAGGCGUGGAGAGCCAUCACCUUUGGGUACAUUGUCUCCAUUGGGCCGCAUGCAAAUGACCAGAAGGUUCACCACGACUACCACCAGGAAGCCUUCGAGAGAAACAUCGUGAAUGCUUUCUUCCCACUCGUGGACAUUUCCACGGACAACUCGGCGACGACGUUCAUCAUCUCCGGAAAGAAGAUUCAGUCCUGCGCUGCCGCAGGUGACCUCAUCCUCAUGGACAACACAGUGCGACACUACGGCUCGCAACACCCCGCGCCAACCGUCAGGCCGCUCAUUUAUUGCUCCUUCGCCGAUCGACGCACAACGCGAACUCGCGAGGCAGUUGGAAAGAAGACUCAUUUCUACAACUGGCAUCAGUAUCCGCGGCUGCCUGGCGAAGCGAAGAUGCAAGAGAGUUCUCUGCAGCGCGGCGCUGAGGCGGCGGAAGCCUCAGAUGGAACCGCCGCGGCGUUGGAGCGACAGGAGACCAACGACAUGGAAGGCGACCAAAAAGGCACAGAAGACGGAGACAGACGCGACGGCGCCUGUGAGCACGAGGCGACGAACGGCGAAGCGGAACGAAACAUCCCGGAGGCGACGGAAGGAGACGGUGCGAGUGUCGCGAGAGAAGAGCCGCAGCUGACGGGAGAAGAGAACGACAGCUCCAGGCGCCGAGACGAACAGCGCGAGACGAACGCGAAGGCCGAAGCUGAGGAAGAGAACGGAAGUGGAGGCGAGGGGGUUUCCGCCAGCGAGCGGACGGCAGAGACUCCGGAGGAGACGCCCUCGACGCGCGACACUCUUUGCCAAAACGAGGAAAAAUUCGACAAAGAGAAGCGGAAGAAGACGCUCUCGGACGGCACAGCCCGGCGCGAGGCGAAGCCGUUCGUGUCUCUUGACGCGCCUCCUUCUUCGCACAACGACACGGACUCGCUGCCGCUCUAUCUGCGCAGAGUCCUGGCAUAUCGACAGUCGCUGGAGUCUUCCAAAUAG